AGUUUUAGAGAUUAGCCUUCCUUAGUUCUCCUUCGCUGAACUAUUUUCCUUUUUCUGGACCUCGCCAACCGCGGCGCGCGUUCCUUAUCUGCUUCGUGGAGCGUACGCUGUUCCAAUGCCCGGAAAGUCAAAGAAAAUCACUCAGCUUUCCCGUGUAGCGGAAGCAUCGAUUGCAAAGGAAUUCAUUUUCAGUCCGAAGAUCGUUGUACCCACGAGCGUUUAAUAAUUCUUUCAACGGAAACGGCUAUCUUCUGCGGAUGGAUCUCCACAAAACCGUCGAUUUUGCCCGGAAUUUGGCUGUCUUGGUCAGAGUUCAAGGGCCUGACCCCAAAGGGCUGAAGAUGAGGAAACAUGCGUUUCAUCAAUACCAUUCUGGCAAAACCAUACUAUCAGCUUCUGGGAUGCUUUUGCCUCGUACCCUCUACGAUAUUGAGGUGGCUAAGCGUCUUUGGGAUGGGGACAUUGGUCAAGGGUCGGUGUUGGUUUUGACUGUUGCUUCCGUUAUUGAGCCUUUUCUGACUCUUCAACACAGAGAGAAUAUUUCUCAGGGUCGACCUGAGUUGAUUCCUGGUGCUGAGAUUGGUAUUAUGUUAAAGGGAAAAUCAGGAACGAAUACAGAUGAAGUGGCUCCUUCCUGGCUGGCAGCCCAACUACUGAAAAUGGUUGAUGUUCCUGCAUCUUCCCUUGCUCUCCAAUCACUUUUUGAAGCUUCUUCAGGCUCAACAGAGCAUGGUUGGGAGGUUGGUUGGUCACUGGCUUCUUCUGAUAGGAGUCACCAGCCCUUAAUGGAUGUUUUUCAGACCCAGACAGAGGAUGCUGGCAAACCUUUCAUGGAGAGACAGAAGCCGGUGAUCGGGGAACCAAGCAAUCCUAAUCUGAUAGGCAGGUCAAUUACUAGAAUUGCUGUUCUUGGAGUUAACUUAUUCCAUGAUCCACCAAAUAUUGGGCUAUCCCAUCUGAAUGAAAGGGGAGAAUUUCUCCUGGCAGCAGGAUCUCCUUUUGGUAUCCUCUCGCCAAUGCACUUCUUUAACAGUAUAUCAGUGGGAACUGUUGCCAACACCUUUCCACCAAAAUCACCAAACACUGCAUUGCUGAUGGCUGACAUUCGUUGUCUUCCUGGAAUGGAAGGUGGUCCAGUUUUUGAUAAACAUGCUUUGGUUGGUAUCUUGACUAGACCAUUGAGGCAGAAGAAUACUGGUGCUGAGAUUCAGCUUGUGAUUCCGUGGGAAGCCAUUGCAACUGCUUGCAGUGACUUGCUGCUGAAGGAGCCCAAAAAUGCAGAAAUGAAGGUUCCUAUUAAUCAGGGAAACUUAAAUGCUGUAGGGAAUGAAAAAUUAUCUAAUAGCCACCACUCCAAUGGGCCCUGCUGUUACAAUUACAAGCAGCCUAGUUCAGCAUGCUCUACACAAUUAUCUAUUGAGAGGGCCAUGGCUUCUGUAUGUCUUAUUACAAUUGAUAAUGGGGUAUGGGCAUCAGGUGUUGUUAUCAAUAAUCAAGGCCUGAUACUCACAAAUGCUCACUUGUUGGAACCCUGGAGGUUUGGAAAAACAAACAAUGGUCAAAGAAGUGGAAAUGAAAAUGAGUCUCCAUUUCCUCCUGAAGAAUCAACCUCUUCUGGGCGUAAUGGACUCAAUUGGUACCAAAGAAGUCAGGGACCACAACCAAUUGCUCUGAAGAUUGGAGAUGCUUCCAUGACUCAUGAAUACAGUGGAUAUAAAUUGGGUUCAUGUUACCAAGGGAAAAUAAGCAUACGCGUCCACCUUGAUCAUCAGGACCCCUGGAUAUGGUGUGAUGCUAAGUUAAUCUAUAUUUGCAAGGGAUCUCUGGAUGUUGCACUUCUGCAACUUGAUUAUGUCCCUGAUCAGCUUAGUCCUAUCAUUGUGGAUUUUGGUGAACCAUUUGUGGGAUCAAAGGUGCAUGUUAUUGGACAUGGACUACUGGGACCAAGAUGUGCCUUGUUGCCUUCUGUUUGCUCUGGAGUGGUGGCAAAAGUAGUCAAAACAAUGAUGCCCUCUCAUUACAAAUCUUUACUAGUGGGGGAUUCAGAGUUUCCAGCAAUGCUUGAAACAACAGCUGCUGUUCAUCCUGGUGGUAGUGGUGGUGCUGUUGUCAAUGCAGCAGGUCAUAUGAUUGGGCUUGUUACAAGCAAUGCGAGGCACAGUGGAGGGACAGUUAUACCACAUCUAAAUUUCAGCAUUCCAAGUGCAGUUUUGGCACCCAUCUUUGAGUUUGCAAGAGACAUGCAGGACUUUUCACUUCUUCAAAAUCUGGACCAACCAAAUGAACACCUUUCCUCAGUAUGGUCAUUGAUGCCACCAUCGCGUCCCAGGCCAGGGCCUAAUCUCCCAGAGUCACGGCUGGAAGACAACAACAACAAAGAAGGGAAGGGUUCCCGUUUCACUAAAUUCAUAGCUGAAAGGAAUGAGCUAUUGAGAAGACCGGAAGAACCAGGCAAAGAAGAAAGGCUUCCAAGUGGAAAGCUUCCUAGUAAGUUAUGAACGCCAUGCAUGUUUCUUGCCCUCUGUAAGAAAGCAAGAAUUUUGGGCAGCAAUGUUGAAUCAUGUUGUGCAAGCCGCCGUUGUAAUUGGUAAUGACUUCCAGCUUGCCUGAACUCAUCAUGUGUAUUAGAUAAAGCACAAGUGGUUGUGCCUGAACUUGAAUUCUGCAUACCGGCGUGAGAUAUUUUAUUUGUAAUCCUGCAUUUUUCAAAUCAGUGUUGAGCUGUAGAGAAAAAUAAUCACUAUGCAUUUGCAAAAAAAAGUAUUCCAAUUUAU